UGACAAAUAGAGUUUCAGAGGAAAAACUCGUAACAACAAUGAAUUCCGCAUCAAUUUCCAGCACAGAUUUCAGAACUUUCUCGAAUCUUCCGUCACGCCGAACUGCAUACUUAGCUCAUCGGCGCGUAGCCGAGACGCUCCCUAAAAGUGCUUCUUCAUUGCCGGAAAGAGUAGGUAGCAGCAGUAGCAAAGCUGGAAGGAAAACCUCUAUUCGCUACACUGUAUCUGCUAGCUAUGGUGAUAAGGAAUUGGGUUCAGUUAACUCUAAUGAGUAUACUUCUCCGGCGAAGGCACUCCGGAAACUAUUAAAAUCGCCGGGAGUUCAUCAAGGACCAGCUUGUUUCGAUGCUCUCAGUGCUAAGCUUGUUGAGCGAGCUGGGUUCGAUUUCUGCUUUACAACUGGUUUUGGAAUAUCUGCUGCACGGUUAGGACUGCCAGAUGCAGGACUAAUUUCCUACGGAGAGAUGGUGGCUCAAGGUCGAGAGAUCACACAAGCAGUGUCCAUACCAGUAAUUGGGGAUGGAGAUAAUGGAUAUGGUAAUGCCAUGAAUGUCAAGAGAACUGUGAAAGGAUAUAUUAGAGCAGGUUUUGGGGGAAUAAUCCUUGAAGAUCAGGUUUCUCCCAAAGCAUGUGGUCACACACGUGGCAGGAAAGUUGUUUCUCGGGAGGAAGCAAUCAUGAGAAUAAAAGCGGCUGUUGAUGCUCGAAAAGAAAGUGGAUCUGACAUUGUGAUUGUGGCACGUACUGAUGCACGCCAAGCAGUCUCCUUUGAAGAAGCCCUUUGGCGGGCACGUGCUCUUGCUGAUGCUGGAGCUGAUGUUCUGUUCAUAGAUGCUCUUGCUUCCAAAGAAGAGAUGAAAGCUUUCUGUGAUGUCUAUCCACUGGUUCCGAAGCUUGCAAAUAUGCUUGAAGGUGGUGGUAAAACACCAAUAUUCACUCCUAUUGAACUUGAGGAACUUGGAUACAAACUUGUGGCAUAUCCACUUUCCUUGAUUGGGGUAUCAAUCGGUGCAAUGCAGGAUGCAUUGUCUGCCAUUAAAGGAGGUCGGAUACCAUCGCCGGGUAGCAUGCCUUCAUUUGAAGAGCUAAAAGAAAUCCUAGGUUUCAAUACCUACUAUGAAGAAGAGAAGCGUUAUGCAACAACAAGCAGUCAACUUCCUUCUCGUAAAGGUGAUUUCUCAUCAAACAGCAAUGAGUAUGGUGUUCAACCCGGCAUCCAAGCUGAUAGAGAGCAGAGGAGUCAAAUACCAGAGAAUCCUGUUGAGGUAUUGAUACCUGAGGUGUAUGACAAAUUUUCUGGUGAGGGUAAGAAAGGAAAUUUCUCAAUGGCCUGGUCUCGGAAAUUGAGAGUAAAGAUUACUGGAAAAGAUGGAUUUGAAAAGCUAGAUAUCAGAAUUCCUGCUGGGUUUUUGGAAGGAAUCACAAACAUAGUUCCAGCUUUGGUAGGUGUAAACAUCAAGUCUCUGUUGGAUGAGGCAACUUUAGAAGAGGGUGGGAAACAAUUGCUGGAUUUUCAGGAUACAAUGGGUGACAGGAUACAAGUUAUUUUGGAGUAAAGGAGUUCUUGCUUCUUAUUCCUGUAUUUUGAUGAAUCAAUCUUGGGCAAUCUAAAAUAAUUUGGUCAUUA